AUGCAGGCAGACAUUCCAUAUCGUCGCGGAUCUCAAGCUCACGGUCAGCAACCAGAUGAGUGGAAACUCGAGCAAGGCCUUGAGGCAGCCCGUCUCAGUAUUCGCAAUCAGAGCAGCCUCCAAAUCAACACUAACCCACACGAGUUGAAGCCAUCUGAUUCAGAAAAGAUCAUAAGCUACGACGACAACGAUCUAGACGUUCAGGAUGAGAGAGAGGGAUGGAAGGGCUAUGUAGAGUGGGAGGAUUACCCUGAGAAGAAGGCCAAAGCUCAUCAGCGGUUUCAACGCUUCAAGUUUCCACCACCACCUGAGUUUCAGCUCGAACCUCUUCCGGCUACGAAUCCUGUUCUCGAGGGGAAAAGAUGGAAGUUAUGGCAUAAAGCUAUUGGAGGAGUUUUGACAAAGGUCCCUGAACUUAGUUGGGAGACCGUUCUCAAGGAAAAACAUCCCGAGAUGCUUCACCUUCUUGAAUUCCCAUACAAUGGUGAAGCUCCAAAGAAGCUUCUGACAAAGAACUAUAUCAUGCCAAACGAACUUCACUUCGUUCGAAAUCAUGGAGGUAUUCCUGACAUUGGCCACGACGCUUGGGAUCUUCGUCUUGACGGUCUUGUCAACAAACCCCAAACCCUCACACUCAAGGACCUCCAAGACGAAACCCGCUUCCCACGGGUCACCAAGCUCGUCACGAUUCAAUGCAGUGGUACUCGCCGUUUUGAACAGAUUGUUGAGUACCCUGGCGAAGGCGACGAGAUGAUUAACGCACCUUGGGCUGAAGGUGCCAUCGGUACUGCGAAAUGGACAGGCGUGAGUCUAAAGAAGGUAAUCAAGCACUGUGGCGGUUUAAAAGAAGGCGCAAAGCAUAUCGAGCUUUAUGGUGCGGAUACAUAUUUCAAAGGUGGGCAGCUCAUGAAUUAUGUUGUUUCGGUACCAUGGUCCAAGGUAAAAAUUCAUGAGGUUCUUUUGGCGUGGGAGAUGAAUGGUAAGCCAAUGCCUAAGAUCCAUGGUGCUCCGGUUCGAGCCGUUGUGAUGGGGUACAUUGGAGCUAGGAGUUGCAAGUGGCUGUACAGGAUUAAGGCGAUUGAGACACCAAGUCUUGCACCAAGCAGGGAAUAUCUGUACUUCCAACAACAGACCGGCAAACAUAAUCAAUUGCCUACCAUGGGUAUUCAAAUCCAGGAGAUGCCUGUUAGCAGUGCCAUCAUAUCCCCUUGGAACAAGGAGGUGGUAGUACAUGACGGAGAAAUAGAGGUUACAGGUUGGGCAUACUCAGGCGGAGGCCGAUGGCCAGAACGCGUGGAAAUCUCCUCCUCUGGCGGCCACGUGUGGUAUGCUGUACCCAUCGACAACCUCUCUCCCAAACACAAGUUCGCAUGGCGCACCUUCAAGGGAAAAGUACCAUGUGACCAUGAAGGCUGGACCGAGCUUGUUGUCAGAUGUUGGGACAACAGUCUCAACACACAGCCCAUGGAGGUCAAACACAGUUGGAACUGGAGUCUCCAUGUGACGAGCAGUUGUCAUCGUGUGAAAGUGUAUAGUGUCAAUGUGAAGAAGGAAGCGACCAGAAAGAGGCUCAUGGAGUUCAAUGAGCAUGAGGAGGGGUUCACGCCGAUUACUAGACCUACAGGUUUCGUGCCGAUGAGCAUUGAUGAGUAUAAGAGCUUGACGAAAGAAGCUGAGCCAAGAGAUGUUGACGAGUAG